CUUCUCGUCAAUCCGCCGCUUGCCGCCAUAUUCUCAGAACCGCUAUGUUCAUUGUCUCUUCGUGAAGAUUAUAGUUUUUCUGGAAAAAUUAAGUUACUUAUCAUUUAACAGUUCAAGCGAAUGGUCGUGCAGUAGAUCCCGACCAUGGCGAACUUUGUGAUCGACAAGGAAGCUUUCUUUAAACGUGUCAAAAAGUUGUACUCCUCCUGGAAGGGUGAAAAUGGAGACUCGGAUGAGACUCUACUGAAAGCAGAUGCUUUAAUCUCAGCAGUUGCUGCUGACGAAGUCACUGUUUAUUGCAAGUCCUCAGCUUUGCAGCUGUGGCUCCUUGGUUAUGAACUCACAGACACUGUGACUGUUUUCACCCAAAACACUAUUUAUUUCUUGGCAAGUAGAAAGAAGAUUGAUUUCCUCCGUCAGAUUGAGUCAGCAAAGGAUGAGGCAGGCUUGCCGUCAAUCAAAUUGCUCACCCGUGAAAAAAAUGGUGAUGACAGCGAAAGCUUUAAGAAAUUAUUGGAUGCCAUCAAAGGUUCCAAGAAUGGGAAAACAGUGGGGCUUUUCUCAAAGGAGAAUUUCCAAGGAGCUUUUAUGGAUUCUUGGAAUGCAGCUCUAAAGAAAGGCAACUUUGAAACGGUUGACAUUACUGCAGCCAUUGGAAUGGUCAUGAGUGUCAAGGAUGAAAAUGAAGUUGCAAUCAUCAAGAAAGCCUCGCAAGUCUCUUGUGACCUUUUCACAAAAUAUUUGAAGGAUGAAAUUAUGGAUAUAAUUGAUGCAGACAAGAAAGUUCGCCAUGACAAGCUUGCAUCAGGUGUGGAAUCAGCCAUUGCAGACAAAAAAUACAUCGGCUCCAUUGACCCAAGUCAACUAGAUAUGUGCUAUCCUGCCAUCAUUCAAAGUGGAGGAAACUAUAGUUUGAAAUUCAGUGCAUCAAGUGACAAAAACAAUCUUCACUUUGGCGUCAUUGUUUGCUCUGUUGGGGCAAGGUACAAGUCUUACUGUUCAAACAUAGUGAGAACAUUAUUAGUCAAUCCCACCUCAGAAAUAAAGGAUAAUUACGUUUUCCUGUGUGAUCUGUUUGAAAAACUGCUGACUGUACUCCAAGCUGGCACAAAACUUUGUGAUGUAUAUGAAGCAGGAGUCAGUUUUGCUAAAGAAACAAAACCUGACUUUGUGGAUCACCUCACUAAAAAUUUUGGCUUUGCCAUGGGUAUUGAAUUUCGUGAAAGCUCGCUGCUGAUUGCUCCAAAAACGACAACACCUGCUCGCAAAAAUCAGAUUUACAAUCUCAACGUGGGCCUUGCUGGGCUCGCCAACAAAGAAGCCUCUGACAAAGAGGGGAAAACUUAUGCUUUCUUCAUCGGUGACACAGUUUUGGUGAAUGAGAAUGCUCCUGCAACUCUUCUCACUGCCAGUGCUAAGAAAAAGCAGAAAAGUGUCACCCUUGAGGUAAAAGAUGAGAAUGAUGAAGAAGAAGAUGAGGAGGAAGAGAACAAAGAAAAUAAGCCGAAGCAAGAUGCACCAAUUACAGGACGCGGAAAACGCUCUGCAGUUCUCGAUCAAAAGCUUAGGAUGGAUUCCUCCAAUGAAGCUAAGAGAAAAGAGCAUCAAAAAGCUCUUGGUAUUGCCUUAAAUGAGAAGGCCAAACAGAGGCUCGCAGCUCAGUCUGGUGGCAAACAAGAAGAGAGAGUACGCAAGUCAAAUGUAUCCUACAAGAAUCGUGAUCAGUUUCCCAGGAAUAGUGAAAUUAAAUCCUUAAAAAUUUUUGUAGAUAGUCAGUAUGAAACUGUAGUAUUGCCAAUUCAUGGCAUACCAGUUCCAUUCCACAUUUCCACCAUCAAGAAUAUCUCUCAGAGCGUAGAAGGUGACUAUACCUAUCUCCGAGUGAAUUUCUUUCAUUUGGCACCUCCAAGCGGCCGUGGUGACAGCUCUAGUAUCCCACAGCCAGAUUCUAUAUUUGUGAAAGAAGUAACCUAUCGUAGUACAAAUAUACGUCAACCUGGCGAGGCUAUUGCGCCAUCCUCCAAUUUGAAUACUGCAUUCCGUCUGAUAAAAGAAGUACAAAAGAAAUUCAAAACACGAGAAGCAGAAGAAAAAGAGAAAGAAGACCUUGUCAAACAAGACUCGUUAGUUCUAUCUCAAAGCAAAGGAAAUCCUAAACUAAAAGGCUUGUUCAUCCGGCCCAACAUUGUCAAUAAAAGAAUGUCGGGAACUUUGGAAGCACAUGUAAAUGGUUUUCGCUACACAUCGUUGCGUGGAGACAAGGUUGACAUCCUGUACAACAACAUAAAGCAUGCGUUCUUCCAGCCAUGCGAUGGGGAAAUGAUAAUUCUUCUUCACUUCCACCUGAAAAACGCCAUCAUGUUUGGCAAAAAGAAGCACUUAGAUGUACAAUUCUACACUGAGGUUGGAGAGAUCACGACAGAUUUAGGUAAACAUCAACACAUGCAUGAUCGUGAUGAUUUGGCGGCUGAACAAAGUGAGCGUGAACUCCGCCACAAAUUAAAAGCAGCUUUCAAAAGUUUCUGCGAAAAGGUAGAAUCUGCGACAAAACAAGAAAUAGAAUUCGAAACACCAUUCAGAGAACUUGGCUUUUUGGGUGCUCCCUUCAGAAGCACUGUUUUACUUCAACCUACAGCCGGAUGUUUGAUCAAUUUAACAGAAUGGCCUCCGUUUGUCGUGACCCUUGAAGAUAUCGAGUUGGUUCAUUUUGAGCGAGUCCAAUUUCAGCUCAAAAACUUUGACAUGGUAUUCGUUUUCAAAGACUACCAUCAUAAAGUAGCCAUGGUAAGCGCUAUACCAAUGAACCUUCUGGAUCAUGUCAAAGAGUGGCUUAACUCAUGCGAUAUAAGAUACACUGAAGGAGUUCAAACAUUGAACUGGGCAAAAAUUUUAAAGACGAUCAUUGAUGACCCAGAAUCAUUCUUCGAAACUGGUGGAUGGACUUUCCUCGAUCCGGAGUCGGAUGAUGAAGCUGAAGCAGAAGACGAGGAGGAAGAAGAGGAUGAUGCAUACGAGCCUACUGAUUUGGACGAUGAUGAUGAGGAGUCGGACGAAGACUCAGACUAUUCGGAAGUUUCAGAAGAUGACGAUGAUGACAGUGAGGAAGAGCUAGGCAGUUCAGACGAAUCAGGGAAAGACUGGUCUGAUCUCGAGCGAGAAGCUGCUGAGGAAGAUAAGGAGAAGAUGGACUUUGAGGAUGAAUACUCAUCCUCCAAGAAAGGAGGCCGCCACGGACACCACAAGAGCAGCAAAGGCAGCAGCAGUAGCAGUCGUCACCACAGCAGCAGCCACAAAUCCUCCCACUCAUCUUCGCACAAGAGUCCAAGCAAAUCCUCAUCAAGUCACCGUCAUUCAUCAUCAUCAAGCAAAAGCAAGUCAUCCAGUCAUCAUUCCUCAUCAAGCAAGAGUCCUAGUAAAUCUUCCAGUCAUCACUCAUCCUCAUCCAGCAAAGACAGGAAGCGUAGCCAUGAUGACAAGAGUCACAAGCAUGGAAGCUCUCCAAAAAAAUCCAGGAAAUAGGUAAAUGGCCCAGCGUCUGGAUGUUAAUUUAUUACUACACUCAUGGCUCCUGCUAUUUUUCUCUCUUCUCUUUUGUAAUAUUUUUAAAGUUUUAUACCCAUUAAUUUAAAAGUAUCAUGUUAUCUAGAGCUCGACAUCUAUGUUCAAUAUAUUACUAUUACUAUUAGAAAUUGUGUCACUUAUAUGUUCCAUUCAGAAAAUUAGUGUCAGCAUUUGCAAUUAAGGCUCUUUCUUACAAUUUUUCCCCCUAAGUUAGUGUUCGUUUUUCAACUGUAUUUCCGUUAAUGUACAUUUUUCUUUCUUCCAUAUUCUUUUAAGUAUUUAAAUCUAAAUUUUGUCUGAGCAGCAUAGUCAGAAUGGCAUUUAGUUUUUCUGAAGACAUGGGACUGAAGCAAAAAUUGUUCACCCCCCCCCCCCCCCCAAAGUACCAGUUUAAUUUACACUCUAACUCAAGUGCGUGUUUGGAAAAUUCAGAGUUGUAAAUUAUAAUUCUGUUCUCUGAAAGUAUCAAAUUAUUGUUACUUUUAUUAAGCACUAGUCAUGCGCUGUCAGUUGGCUUAAAGUUAAGGAUGGAAGUGAAAGUCUACAAUCUCUAACUGAUGAAGGCUGAACAGUGAAUGACACCGGUGAAUAACGGGAAUUGUUAAUCUGUUUUCAUCCCAUUUUGUUUUUAUGAAUGCUUUGAUUCAAAAUUCUCAAUUUACUAAAUGUUUCCUGCACUUAUUAAUCCCCCCCCCCCUUCCUUUCUUGUGUGACUUGAAAUGAUCUUAGUCAAGCUUUUAUCACAUGUUUCUCUGUUGAAUUUCAUGAAAAGUACUGUGAAAAGUUUCAUCUUUUGCAUUCAACAACACUUAAAAUACAGAUUUUGUAUCACGCAAAAA